GGGGGGCAGAAGAGACAAUAUAACUCGUCACGUUAAUAAUCAUCCAAAACAUACUGGGCUGAAUUUGAGCAUCCUGUCCAAAUUCAUAUCCGAAGCUAUACAGUGUACCAUGUAUAUAAGCAAACUCAUAAAGCCUUAAAAAUCUAGUCACGUUCAAUUACAGCAUUCGGAGCAUGUGGUAUUCACUUUAUGAUAAACAGAUUGAAGCAAGGACUAUCUGCUGUCGUUGAAAUAUAAAUUUGCAUAUGGGAAACAGACAGACACAAUGUACUUGCACAUUAGCAUUUUAGUCGCACGCACACACACAUGCACUUGGCACUGUGUAUUAUGGAGAGUGAUUAACUGUCAGCAAAUGUAACAGGGCGCAGCCUAAAUGUUUCUUGAACAUCGGGUGUUGGAACACUGUUUUGGACAGGCGUUUCUCGAUCUUCUCGUUGCAGAGGAAGAAAUGCAGGCAGCCUGACCAGCACGAGGAACUAAAUCAGGAUGGACGACAUGAUCAGUAAUAUACAAAAGGACAUUGAAACAUUUAUAUGGUCAUGCACAUAUGGCGAUCAAUGGCCAAACAGAACUGUUCUUCUUGUGAAUGAAGAAGUGCACUACAACAUCAGCCAAUCUCAGCAUGCAGAGAUGAAUGCUUUGCCCUCGAUUAAGAAACUGCUUGACGCAAACAAAGAGAUAGUCAUGUACAUUAAUUACUCUCCCUGUAGUGACUGUGCCGAGAAUAUAGCAAAGGUUUUGAAAGAAAACCCAGAGGUGCCAGUGUGGAUUAAAUUUGCUUUUGUGUAUUAUGCACAAUACCAAGCCAACAGAGAUGGAUUAAGGACAUUAAUGUCUGGAUCAAACACCACUCUGGAAACAAUACAUUGGAAUGAGUGGAUAACUGUAAUACAACGGAUACUGGAGAGUCAUGGAAAGACGUACUGGAAGACGAUAUUACAUCAAAUCUUGGACGAACACUCGGCAUCUGGACAGGAAGAGGUAUUGCAGGAGAUUCUCAAAUGUCACGGGGCAGAUUACUGGACAGCCAAAUCUUUGCAGACCUCUGUGAUAGCCCUGGAUGACGAAAGGGAAAAAUGGGAAGAGGAUUUGAAAGCGAUCCUCCUUGAAAAUUGGGAAAUGGAACAAAAACUAAGAGAGAUUUUAAAGCAUCACGGGGAGGAUCAAUGGCCAACUGUAUUAGCCAUGAUUCGGAAACAUCAGAAGAAAGAUGGCUGGCAAACAACGCCGGCACAGCUUCUUCAAACUACGGAGGUAGAUGCUGAAAUUCUCAGCCCCUCAGAGAGAGACUGCUUGAGAGCUUUGUCGAUGGAGAAGCCUGGGGAUCAUAGACAGGGUUAUGUUUGGUUGAAAGUAGUGCUGGCUGCAUUAGAUAUUGAAGUGAGGGAGGAAUGGCUAGGGCAGAGAAUUCGUACCGACACUUCUGCAGCAAAAGAACUGAAAGCUAUUAUACAUGAAAAUUCCUAGAUAGUUGAUCAUGGGCAUUUCAAAUCGGGGGCCGCAAUAAUAAACUGUGCAUCAGAAUUUUUUAAACGCAUAUACCAUAAUGUGCACAAUGGAUUUACUGUCAUCAUAUAUGAUAAUGCAAUGAAUGAGAAAUGGAAUAUACAUGUAUUAAGAAUUGGAAUGUUUGCUAAUGGUGUCCAUUACCUUUAGUAUUUCCAGCCGAAUCCUAGCUGAUGAUAUUUUCUUCUAAUUACUCAGAAGCACCAAUAAAAACCACAAUAUUUAAAAAUGUCAUGGCGCUGCAGGAAAACCGUAUGCUCUCAACAUUUACAGUCGAGUCUCGUUAAUACAAACUCGUUCGGACCUCGCCAAAUUGUUUGUUAUAUCAGAAUUUUGUAUUAAGGGGAACAUCAGUCCCAUUCAUUGUGCACAUAAAUGCACAGUCGGGACUAAGGCUUUCAUAGUUAUAAUCGAGUGAGCAAACUCGAUUAGUUUGUGAUUGCACAAGGAAAUCCCAACUUAUGUAUAUAUAAAUAAAAACUAGUAUUUUGUAACAAUGCAAAUGUUAAAUAAUAUUUCUUUUAAUGUUAUGUCAGUAGUGGUGUUGGUAGCACUUAUCAAUUCACUCCUUUAUCAAUUUAUUUAUUCACUUUAAAAUAACUAUCAUAAAAUAACGGAGGCUUUUAACUAAUUUUGCCAUUUCUGAUUUUCCUUUUCACCUCUUUUUCUACUAUGUUUUUUUUUUUUACAUUUAGUUUGCAUGUGGUUGUACAAUGGCCAAUUGAAUUUCCCCUUUGUUGGGUUAACAAAGUUUGUAUUGUACUGUAUUGUAGUGUCUCAAUAUUGCUGCCUUUGGCCUGUGAAAGACUUUGCCAAAUAAUCAUAAGAACAUAUCCUGAUUUUUUUUUUUAAACAGCAUCUCAAAACAUGCCUCUCCGUUCAAAAUAACAUCUUCUGUUUUAUCCAGUCAAUUAAAGUUUUUCUAGAUACCA